AUGCCCGCCUUCAAGAAGCGCAAAGUUUCGCACGGGAAGAAAGACCUUCCGGCCGACCAGAAAAAGGCCCAAGACGAAGCCAAAGUCAAAACCCCUAAGACAUUCAAAGAGUUAGGAGUAAUCCCUCAACUCUGUAAAGCUUGCGAUGCGCUGGGGUACAAGGCGCCAACCGCUAUUCAAGCCGACUCUAGAAAAAUUACCGCCUUUGCAUUGCCUAUUCUACAAGCUCUUAUGGACAAACCACAGCCCCUUUUGGGGCUCGUCCUGACGUCGACUCGCGAACCAGCGUAUCAAAGCUCGGAGGUCUUUGAGGCUCUUGACUCCAAGGUUUCUGUUCGAACAGUCGUACUAGUCGAAGGCCUGGACAUGGUUCCGCAGUCUAUCGCAAUUGGAAAGCGACCACAUAUGGUCAUCGCUACCCCCGGUCGACUCCUCGACCACUUUGAGAAUACGAAAAGCUUCAGUCUACGGACACUGAAGUAUUUAGUGAUGGGCGAAGCAGACCGACUACUGAAUAUGGAUUUUGGCCCGAUUAUAAAUGAAACCCCGAAACGUGCAUCUCUCAACAACCCCCUGCGAGUCUCUGUUUCUUCCGACAAAUACCAAACCGUUGCAACCCUGUUGCAAUAUUAUCAAUUCAUUCCACACAAGCAUAAGGAUCUUUAUCUGAUUUGGCUGCUCAACGAACACGUCGAACAAAGCAGCUCGGGCUUUGGCGCUAUAGCUCUUCAUGGUCAACUUUCACAAUCGGCACGACUCGGGGCACUAGGGAAAUUCCGAGUCGCAUCCCGAGGUUUAGAUAUGCCGUAUAUCGAUUUAGUCCUGUGUUACGACCUUUCUGACGAUUCAAAGAUUCAUGUACAUCGUAUAAGGCGAACGGCUCGUGCAGGGAAAAGUGGCAAGGCCGUGUCUUUUGUCACUCAAUACGACGUCGAAGUUUGGCUGAGAGUAGAGAAGGCACUAGAUAAGAAACUGCCGGAAUACAAAGUUGAGAAAAAGGAGGUUCAGAUUUUGUCGGAUCGGGUUAGCGAGGCACAACGACAGGCGAUCACCGAGUUGAAAGACAUGGACAAAAAGAAAGGUGGUAAGGGAUCUUCUCUCACGGCCAGGAAACCGCGGUAUGGUGGAAAACGUGGAAGAGAUCAUAUGGACCAGGAGGAAGGUUGAAUAUGAGAAUGAGAUAAAUGUUUACUAGAGAAAAAGAC